AGAGAGAGAGAGAGAGACCAAGGAAAAGUGCCGGGCAGCUGAUUAGGAAUGCAUAUGCUCUCUCUUUCGUUGUGUGAUACUACAGCGCUAUUUUUCUCGACUACAAGGAUUUAAAUUCGCUUCCAUUAAUAAAAAUAAAAUAAAAAUAAAAAACAAUAAAACAGAACAAUGUUAUUAUAAACACGCGUUUCUUGGAGACAUAUGCAUAGACACAGGAUUGCAGUGAAAUCUAUUCCAAAAUUGCAAUAUCGUUCUGUGACAGGACGGAAUCAAGGGAGCAGCCCGUCGGAGGGAAAAGAGAAAAACGUUGCAAACUUAAUGACGCCCGAGACAUUUCGGAAGGCUUAACACUUCUAUGGAAAUCCAACGCUCGUGCUUUUGAGGACCCGAUCCCGGAGGUUUAAUAAUGACAAGAAUGUUUCACAAAUAAUCCUGCAACGAAAUCUGGUGGACAAAUAAUCGAUCUUGCGUUGGAAGUGCUCAGCUUCGAGUCAACUGAAAAAUGCAUAUUUGAUUCGGGGUGGAGUGAGAGGAGGCGUCAGUCCUUACAUCUGUGCUCAGGGGAAGAUACUUGUAUUGUCUUCGCUGCGCGUUGUCUUGGGGAUUUUUUUAGGGGAGCAGCCAAGCGCUUGAUACGGAAUUGAAUAUCUUUUUUUGCUCAAAGACGUAGUAUGUGCUCAAAUCCUGAUCAAAUGAAGUUCGUCUGAGCAGAGAGAAUAUUAUGUUGCAACCCUGAAUCUAGGUACAGAGAAAAUCGUUUCGCUCGUAUUGUCUAUUAUUUCGCAAAAAAUAGGUACGUUACCAUGUUCUUAUAAUGUGAACUUUUUGAAAUACUCGGAUUAUCAUGAGAUCGCACGAUAAUUAAGGUCAUAUAACCAUUCAAAUUAUUCGUGCAAUUAAGUUAUCAUCCGUGGCAGUAUGUUGUCAUUGUAACGUGGGACUCAAUGAAUCGCAUAUCCAACUGUGGAAUAUCGUUGCACCUUGCGCUUCGUAUAGAACACAUUCUGUCAUCACCUUCUUCUGUUCAGUUGUUUUUCUUCAGUGGUCAGCGAGUUCAGUCUUUUGAAUGGUUCUUUGAGCAACAAGCUACGUCGAGCGUUGUGAUGUUUGGCAGUGGUGCGCACAGUUUGGGCGAAUAGCGCAUUGUUCUAUCGCAUAAUACUGGGGAUUUUCCCCCUUUUUGUAAGAUUUCUUCCGUUUUUCUCAGAUGAAUGGAAUGGACUUGCUUUUAAUGACUUCGGACCGCGACGGUUUAUACAUAUUUUAAAGAAGUGCCUUGUGUCUUUUCCUUUCCCAAUCGAAGUCAGUGGCUGUGGAGGGGAGACCAUGGCCAUGCACCGUCUUAAUACAGACCAGAAGCCGUACAUUGUAUGGAGAAUAUUUUGGAUGAUGAAGGCGUUUGUGGAACUGACUUUGUCGCAGGAAAUUUAUGCACCCCAUUCCAUUAGAAUUGAAGGGGAUGUGACCUUGGGUGGCCUCUUCCCUGUUCAUGCCCGAGGUCUACCUGGGGUACCGUGUGGAGAUAUCAAAAAGGAGAACGGAAUCCACAGGCUGGAAGCAAUGAUGUAUGCUUUGGACCAAAUUAACAGCGAUGACGAUCUUUUGCCCAAUAUCACCUUAGGUGCGCGCGUGUUAGACACUUGUUCGCGGGACACUUAUGCUUUGGAGCAGUCCCUAACUUUUGUACAGGCUCUUAUACAAAAAGACACUUCAGAUGUGAGGUGUACCAACGGAGAACCUCCGGUGUUUGUCAAGCCAGAGAAAGUUGUUGGGGUGAUUGGAGCCUCUGCGAGUUCCGUAUCCAUCAUGGUAGCGAACAUUUUACGCCUCUUUCAGAUCCCUCAAAUCAGCUACGCCUCCACUGCCCCAGAGCUCAGCGAUGACCGGCGGUACGACUUCUUCUCACGCGUGGUGCCGCCGGACUCCUUCCAGGCUCAGGCCAUGGUGGACAUUGUGAAGGCCAUGGGGUGGAACUAUGUCUCCACCCUGGCAUCAGAGGGCAGCUAUGGGGAAAAGGGCGUGGAGGCAUUCAUGCAGAUCUCCAGAGAAGCAGGAGGGAUCUGCAUUGCUCAGUCCUUGAAAAUUCCGCACGACCACAAGCAGGCUGAUUUUGACAAGAUCAUCCGACAACUGCUCGACACCGUUCAUGCCAAGGCGGUCGUCAUCUUCGCCAGUGAUGAAGAUAUUCGAGGUGUUCUUAAUGCCACAAAAAGGGCCAAUCGGGUUGGGCAUUUCCUGUGGAUUGGGUCAGACAGCUGGGGAGCCAAAAACAGCCCCAUACACCAGCUAGAGGAUGCAGCUGUGGGGGCCAUUACCAUCCUUCCCAAAAGAGCAACCAUAGAAGGGUUUGAUGCCUACUUCACUUCCAGAACGUUGGAGAACAAUCGGCGGAACGUGUGGUUUGCCGAAUACUGGGAGGAGAACUUCAACUGCAAACUAAUGAGUUCGUCUAAGAAGGAAGACACCAGCCGCAAGUGCACAGGGAAGGAGCGAAUUGGGAUGGACUCCAAAUACGAGCAGGAGGGAAAGGUGCAGUUUGUGAUCGACGCGGUCUACGCCAUGGCCCACGCCCUGCACAACAUGCAGAAGGACUUGUGUCCCGACUCCUCCGGAAUCUGCCCAGAGAUGGACCUGGCCGGAGGAAAGAAGCUCCUCAAGUACAUCCGCAGUGUGAGCUUCAACGGCAGCGCAGGCACAUCUGUGACGUUCAACAGGAACGGUGACGCGCCGGGGCGCUACGACCUGUUCCAGUACCAGAUGAACAACAACAGCUCUCCGGGGUACAAGGUGGUCGGGCAGUGGAUGGACACGCUGCAGCUCAACCUGGAGGAACUGCAGUGGCCUAAGGGUGAGCUGGAGGUCCCAAGCUCAGUCUGCAGCCUGCCCUGCAGGACGGGGCAGAGGAAGAAGAUGGUGAAAGGCAUGCCCUGCUGCUGGCACUGCGAGCUGUGCGACGGGUACCAGUACCAGCACGACGAGACGUCCUGCAAGCUGUGCACCUUCGACAUGAGGCCCAACCCCAACAGGACGGGCUGCCAGCCCAUCCCCAUCGUCAAGCUGGAGUGGCACUCGCCCUGGGCCGUUAUCCCGGUCUUCCUGGCCAUGCUGGGCAUCAUCGCCACCAUCUGCGUCAUGGCCACCUUCAUCCGCUACAACGACACGCCUAUCGUGCGCGCCUCGGGGCGCGAGCUCAGCUACGUGCUGCUGACGGGCAUCUUCCUCUGCUACAUCAUCACCUUCCUCAUGAUCGCCAAGCCCGACGUGGCCGUCUGCUCCUUCCGAAGGAUCUUCCUGGGCCUGGGGAUGUGCAUCAGCUAUGCGGCGUUGCUCACCAAGACCAACCGCAUCUACCGCAUCUUCGAGCAGGGCAAGAAGUCCGUCACCGCCCCCCGGCUCAUCAGCCCCACCUCCCAGCUGGCCAUCACCUCCAGCCUCAUCUCCGUGCAGCUGCUGGGGGUCUUCAUCUGGUUCGGGGUGGACCCCCCAAACACCAUCGUGGACUACGACGAACAGAAGACCAUGAACCCCGACCAGGCCCGCGGGGUGCUCAAGUGUGACAUCACGGACCUGCAGAUCAUCUGCUCUCUGGGAUACAGUAUUCUUCUUAUGGUGACGUGUACAGUUUAUGCCAUCAAGACCCGGGGCGUUCCCGAGAACUUCAAUGAGGCCAAGCCAAUUGGCUUCACCAUGUACACCACCUGCAUCGUCUGGCUCGCCUUCAUUCCCAUCUUCUUUGGCACGGCGCAGUCUGCAGAGAAGCUGUACAUCCAGACCACCACCCUCACUAUCUCCAUGAACCUCAGUGCGUCUGUGGCCCUGGGAAUGCUGUACAUGCCCAAGGUGUACGUCAUCAUCUUCCACCCAGAGCUCAACGUGCAGAAGAGGAAACGCAGCUUCAAGGCCGUGGUGACGGCGGCCACCAUGUCGUCACGGCUGUCCCACAAGCCCAGCGACCGGCCCAACGGAGAGGCCAAGACAGAGCUCUGCGAAAACGUGGACCCCAACAGCUAAUUCUCAUAAUGUAUCACAGGUCCAGCAGCUAAGAAAAAGUAUGUGAACUACAAUGACCUUGUGAUCUGAAAGGGAUCCAUCAGCAGAGAUGGAGAAGAAAAGCCUGGUCUCCUACCCUGUUGGCAAAAAGAGAAAAAAGGCCAUUUGUGUCCCUGCUCUAUGCUGCCAAUCCACCCCCCCAGGGACAGUGGCUGGACUCCUGGCAGGGGGGGUCUCUCUCUUAUCAGAAGAUAUCAGAUGAAGUUUCCACCCUGAAAGAAGUUUUAAACAAUCAAAAAAAAAUAAAUAAAUAAAUAACUAAACAGCGGAAAGAAAGCAAAGAAACCAUCUUUUUAAAAAAUAGCUAACUGCUGUUAAAUUAACAAACAGAGAGGGACAAUGGGACAACAGCCCAUUACCCCCCCAGCCCCGUCCCUCCCCAAGCCCCACCCCCCCUGUUUACAGACACGCCCCGACUCCUCAGGGUAGCCUUGGGGUUGAUUUCACUGAACCCUCCAGUGAUUCCGGACUCGUGAAUCAGCAGAGGGGCCAUCUCAUGGAGGCCAUUUCUCGUCUGUACAUGUUCCUCCAAACUGCAAGUUUUCCAAAAUUCCUGUAAAAGUUUGUGAGUUUUUUUGGCAUACAUGUUACGUUUGAUGUUAAUUUUGUUUUUUUGUUUUUUCUUGCUUCUUGGAUGCACAUAAUAUUAAAGCCAUAUUCUUCUCUGAGAUAGUCAUGAAUCAAAUUGAAUUGAAUUACCUUUACUGUACUUGGUUUUUGAGGUAAACAUAAAAUCUUAUUUUUUCCCCCCCAAUCUGCGUGUAAGUGUUCCACAUGGUGGUUCCACAUGUUUUAAAUGUUUUGAAUAUUCUGUAAGGGUUUAUUGACCAUAAACUGUGUCCAGUGACUGCAAGAAAGCUUUAGUCCAUGUACAGUUGGACUUAGAUAAACCCCAGUGAUCGGUGGUAUUCCAGGUGUAACAAGGUGUUCACGUAGCAGUUGUCAAUGCAUGCCUGAUAUGUUUGAUGUUAAAAAAAGAUAUCAAAGAAUAUAAAUAUUUUACGAGGCUGUAACGCCAAUCUGCUCUGGAUGAAUAUUCUGACUGACUUUUUAUUUGUUUUUGUUUCUUUUCUUCUGCAUUCAUUUUCAGAUAUUUGUUUACUCAAGGCAGAAUAUGGCUUUAAUUUGUCUUGGAGUUUUAUUGCCCCGCAACUAUUGACAAAUUGUGGAAAAAGGAUAAAUACAUAUUGAAAAAAAAAAAAAAAACUAAAAAGCAUGUAUGUUUUAUACUGUUUGUACUAAGUAUAUUCAUG